GUUUUGGCGGCCAUUUUAAUCCUGUUAGGGGCACAUGUUGAGUGGGACUGCAAUCUGCCUCAAUCCUUGAUCCUGUUCAUCGCAGAAAAAUCUCAAAAUGCCAAUGAUGUGUGGAGGGAUAGGAGCGCCACAGCCAGCCAAUGAAGAGAUCCAGAAGCUUGUUGACAGCCUAAAGGGAUCUGCGGAGGCCAUAGCUGGGAAGACAUUUGAUGUUUUCGUCGCCAAGACCUAUUCGACACAGUGCGUGGCUGGGACCAUCUACUACAUCAAGGUCCACGUGGGAGGAGAGGAACAUAUUAAUCUUCGUGUUCAUAAACCACUUGCAUGUACCGGAGAAGCAACUUAUCUGGACAGUAUUCAGGAAUACAAGAGCCGUGAUGAUCCUGUGGUGCACCUUCAAGUGAAAAGCAACUAUGCCGUUAAACAGUAGUCUUGUUCUAGUCAGUCAUGACAAAUAAUCAUGCUCCAUAUGUAAAACAUUGCUCCAUACUGUUUGGAUACCUUACAUCAUUUUCAAAGAUGUUAAAAUGGAACUGUUUUGUACGAAAUGAAUGAAUAAAUGAUUCAGAGUU